AUGUCAGGUUUUGGUAGAGCCGCGCCGGUCUCCUUCGGUCCCAACACAGUAUCAUAUUAUGGCGCAUUUCUCCAGCCCCUCACCAUCAACCCAGAAGGCCUGCCCACAUUGCCGUCAGCUUGCGAUCACAUUUCUUUGACGCCGCUCUCGUCUACAAGUAAACUAGUCACACUUGCAGGUUUGACAGGGUACGACCCAGCCGGCGCAGACAACGCUACGACAGUGCCAGAGCAAGCGGCCAUGGCCUAUGCCAAGCUCAAGACGUGCCUGGCAGCUGCUGGAGCAACACCGCGCGACAUUGUGCAGGUGAAACAUUAUGUCGUGAAAGACACGGGUGAUCCGAAUGUAGACAGCUUGGAUAUAGUUGAUCGUGGUUGGGGGGAUCUCUGGGUCGCCUUUAUGGAUAAACACGCAAAUGGCCACCGACCUCCGCAGACUGUCAUAGGCGUGGCGUGUCUCGCAAAGAAGGAAAUUCUAUAUGAGUGUGAAGUCUGGGCUAUCGUGAACCCGGAAGAUUCAACCCCUCGUCCUUUGGGCGGGGGUUUUCGGACGCAAGGUGCUUUACAGGUCAUGCCGCACAAUUAA